GGAGAGUAGAGAAGUGUUCAUGUACUGUUUGCAUAGCUCUGUGAAUCUAGGUAAAAAUCAAGGAGAGCUAUUUAGAUGCUCAACACCUUUCAAAAAUCAGUCCCUAUAUCACUAGGUCUAAUUGCUUGUGUUUUCCACGUAAGCUAAAGCCUAAGGAAAAGUUAGAAUGAAAAUAAGAUGAAGACUUGAACUUGUCAAUAAUGGGAAAACUAAAACCAUGGCUAAAUGUAUUGUAACAUAAAUGGCCACAAUGCCAUUCAAUGGAGUUGACCCUGCUUACGUCAAUAAUGAAUGUGACUCGUAAUGUCAGUGUUUCUGGUUAUCUCUUUGAAAACGGAGUGUACUGCUGAAAUUUUUGGCAUGAUAUGACACACAUGAUCAAUUCUAGGAAUGAAGGACCAGCGUGGGGUUCAGCUGUUUACUUUCUGAUUACCCUUGAAGGCAAGACCUUGCAGGCUAUUUUUUUCUGCUGAGUCAUUUUGACAUUUUAUUAUAACAUUACAGAGUGAGUCAUAAAGCAUGGUUCUUUCUGGGCCAUACACACUCACAUCAUGCUGCAGAGAUAUUUUCAGUUUACCUUUGAGACAGAUUUUUCUUUGAGUUAGAAUGGAGCAGCAUCAAAUAUAACUCAAACACUGAAUAUUUCUAGCUCUACACAGCCCUAGUGACCCGGAACAAUAGAACAACUACACAGAGGGUGGGGGCAGACAACACACUUCCAUAAAUUCUACACCUAUCAGUGGGAGAAUUGGCUUUUUGACGAUGAAAAAGAAUAGUUGUGAAACACAGGAAAGAUUCUCUUCAGUCUUUUCUUUCCUUUUCGUAGCUGUCCCACUUAAGUCUGAGCUGGCAGCUGAACUUCUGGAGAAGGGACAAGUGCGAUUCUGGCUGCAGGCUGAAAAGCUGUCUGGCAAUGCAAAGGUCAACUUUGUAUUUAAUGACAAGGAAAUUGUUAAUGGAGAGAAAUAUAAGAUGAAGGUGGACCAUAAUACUGGCCUUAUUGAAAUGAUCAUGGAUAAAAUUGAGGACAAUGAUGAAGGGACUUAUACCUUCCAACUUCAGGAUGGAAAAGCAACGAACCAAUCCAGUCUUGUCCUUAUUGGUGAUGUGUUCAAGAAGCUACAGAACGAAGCAGACUUUCAGAGGCAAGAGUGGUUCAGGAAACAAGGUCCUCAUUUUGUUGAGUAUCUGGGAUGGGAAGUUACCGCUGAUUGCAAUGUGUUGUUGAAAUGCAAGGUGGCUAAUAUUAAGAAGGAAACGCACAUUGUUUGGUACAAAGAUGGGAGGGAGAUAAUGGUGGAUGAGGAGCAUGACUUUAAGGAUGGCGUAUGUACUCUGCUGAUAUCAGAGUUUUCCAAGAAAGAUGCUGGUAAUUAUGAAGUAAUACUGAAGGAUGACAGAGGAAAGGACAAAAGCAAACUGAAACUUGUGGAAGCAGCUUUUGCAGAUCUGAUGAAUGAAGUGUGCAGAAAGAUUGCUGUAUCUGCAACAGAACUGAAAAUCCAGAGCACAGCAGAGGGUAUCAGAUUAUUCUCUUUUGUUAAUUAUUACUUGGAAGAUCUGAUGGUGAGCUGGUUACACAAUGAUACCAAGAUUAAGUAUACAGACAGAGUUAAGACUGGUGUUACUGGGGAGCAGAUCUGGUUACAGAUCAAUGAGCCAACUCCACAGGACAAGGGCAAAUAUAUAAUGGAGCUCUUUGAUGGUAAAACAACACAUACAAGGAAGCUGGAUCUUUCUGGACAAGCCUUUGAUGAAGCCUGUGUUGAAUUCCAAAGAUUAAAACAAGCUGCUGUUGCAGAAAGAAAUCGUGCCCGGAUACUUGGAGGUUUGCCCGACGUUGUCACCAUCCAGGAAGGCAAGGCGCUUAAUCUUACUUGCAAUGUCUGGGGAGAUCCUGUCCCAGAGGUCACGUGGCUGAAGAAUGAGAAACCGUUGACAGCAGAUGCCCACUGCAUCCUGAAAUAUGAAUCUGGAAAAAGCGCCAGCUUCACUAUGACUGGUGUUAACACAAUCGACUCUGGGAGAUACGGCAUUUUGGUGAAAAACAAAUACGGCACAGAAACAAGUGAUUUCACUUUUCCCUUGCUGUAGUAAUGGCAGCUCUGUGAGGAUCAAACAGGUAAGUGCUGAUGGUAAUUAAAUCCUUGCCAUUUGUGGUUUAGUGUGUAGCCCUUAUUCAUGUGAGGAGUCCAUUGGAUGCAGGAUUGACCUCUGAAGUCUAGUGUAUGAAAGAGUAACUGUAAUUUUGAUAGCUUUAAAAUUUGAGAAAUUUCUUUUUCUAAAAGUAAGAACACUAUAAAACAUUCAGCAUGAAACACAAACCAUGCAACAUUUGCCCAGUUUGGGUUUUUUGUUAUAAAUCUGAAGCUGAGCUCAGGUUCUCUCCAAAAGAUUCAUAACCUUGACAGACAUUUUGAAUUAACCUAGGCUGACUUCUGUUUGAAAUCCUGCAGAACUUACAGUUUCUAAUAGAUUGCUAAGAAAUCAGCAGAAAAGUGACACUCAAGGGGCACAAAUCCCCUGUAGAUCAAAACUGAAGAGAAGGGAUUGUGAAAACUUUUGUGAACUGAAAUUACUAAAUUCUGUAUGGCUUAGGUAACAGGACAAAUUUUAAUGCAUUUAUCAACAUUGAUGUAGGUCAUUUUUGCACUGAAAUAGUAACAUUUUGACUAAUUUCUAAGAAAGGUUGAAGAUUUUGAAUGUAUGCAUCCAAAGCAAAACCUAUCUAUGUUUAUGCAGUAACUGACUUCAAUUGCAACACUUAUAUAAGUAAGGCAAGCAGGAUUUGUCUGGUAGGUCUGAUCCACCAAAGCAUUUAAGUAUGUGCUUAACUUUAAGCACAAGUAGUCCCCUGGUUUCAAUGGAACAACUAACAAGCUUAAAGUUUAAGCAGAUGCGUAAAUACUUUGGAUGAAGGCUUAAGGAAUUAAAAAGAUCAACUGGGACUUUGUUUUCACAGAAUUUAUAUAUAUUAAACAAAGUAAAAGUGCUUCUUACUUUUUAUUUUCAAAGCAGGGAAAGUAGCCUCAUUGUUUAAUAUGCCAUGAUUAACCUUCUGAAAUUUAAAUACAAAUGUUGCCAAUGAAUUUGAUACUUUCACUUAAUAUGAUAUGAAGCCAAUUGAAAGCUGAUAAUUAGAUCAUUCCAUUUUAGGCCCAGAAUUUACACUAUAAUUAUAAACCACAAUUGACUAAACCUGCUCCAAGUUACACUUUUGCAUCAUCAGUGAAAUCAAUAGGAUUUCAGAGGUGUAGCUGAGAGCAUAGUUUGGCCAUUUCUCAUUGGAGUAGUAGAUUAACUAAACUUUCUUAUUUCUUGCAAGUAUAUUUUUAAUACAGUU